UCGCAUUCGCAGUUGUGUUUUGACCAUUGUGUUGUGCACAGGUGUGUGUUAGAAGGGAAAUUUUCACGUUGUGAUUUUUCCGAGAAUUAUCGCCACGAUAAUCACAAAGGUUAGGUUUCGAUUUGUUGGAACAAGAGGGAGAGACAAAAAUCAAACCUAUUGUACUCUACCAAGCGGAAAACCGGAAGCAAAAAGGGGGAAAAGACACGAACACACUCACAACAGCAGCGGUGGCGUGUGUUUUGUUCGUUGUGUGACAACGUGACACAAGUUGUUUUUGCUCCGCGCCUGCUUUGCUCCGAUUUUUUUUUUUGUGUGUUUAAAAAUAGCCUAUCAGUCGGUCAGCGUGGAACGACGUGAAAAUUGCGCGCGCGGCGAGUGAAGAAAGCAAGAAGACGUCGACGUCGCGACGCCGUUGGGGGAAAAUUGAGAUUUUUCCAAGUAGCGCGAAGAAGAAGAAGCGUGAAGAAAUUGUAAAUGUGUUAAUGUUGUUGAUGAACGCGUAAAAUAUUUGUUGUUUUUUUCUAGCGUUUGUUGUUGUUGGAAGCGGACAGUGACGGCAGAAGGCAGAAAAAAACAAAAACAACAAACGGUGUGUUGCAACAGCGCAAUAAAACGUGAAAUCAAACACACAUUGAGAGAAAGAUAGAAAGAAAAAAUAAAACAUCAGAAAGCAAUUCAGUGAGCAAUCGAAUCGAACAAGAUAAAAGAAGCAAACAAAAAAAAACGCAGAAAGGAAAAAAGUCCGUCGAGGUGAAUUAUAGGAAAGCAAUAGAGCAAUGAAUGAUAAAUGAUAAAAAGUUGCAAAUUAAAACAAGAGAAGCAGCAAUUUUCGGACGACUCCGAGUGAUACAUAUUUAUAUGAUUUUUAUUGCGUUACCGAAAAAAGCCCACCGUUGAAAGCGGCAAGUUUCCGUUAAUUGAAGUGUGCGCGCUCGGAGGAAGUUUUUCUCGACUUCCAGUCUCGAAAAAAAAAACAAGAGGUAAAAGAAACCAACAGAAAAACUUCAAAAGUUGAAACAAAAAAAAGUCGGAUGCAAUAUUCAACGCUUUAAUUACCCAGAGAGUUUUCAAGAGAGCGAGGCUUCGAGGAUAAUUACAUUCAAAUUUUCGGCUGAGAUUUUCGGUUGUGAAACAAAACGAGGAAGAGGAACACGGAUCAAUAGCCAGGUUCGAACUGAAUCUUCCGGGCAACCGUGUUGAGGCGGAAACAUUGCUGGAAUAUCGGCGGCGGUUUAAGAAUCAGAAGGAGUCGGCCUGGGGAAAGGGUUCUCUAGCCAACCCAGCAUUCAACAGCUUAGCCGAUUGGAUUAGAGUCUGUGCAAUUUUUGAAGAGAUCUCAUCUUAACGUCUAAGGAAGAAAAGCAAAUUUUCAAAAUCUACACCACCACCAAAUCAGUCGUAACUAGUGCGAAAUACGUAAACCGUCAAUCUGCAAACAAACAAACAAAUCAAACCCAACUCAACCCAACCCAGUGAGAACAGCUGUCUAAAUGCAAAGCCAAAGAACGCAAUCAAAUCUGUGAUUUUCUGUGUUUGUGUGUCCCUCUCCCCGCGUAUUUGCGUGUAAUUGUUUAGUUCGGCUUGAACAGGAAUAAAGGGCAAAAAGCAAGAAGAGGAGUUCAAUUCUCGCCAAAAGCACCCCCCUCUCUAAAAAAAACCAAAACAAACUGCUAGCAGCCAAGGGUGCCGCCCUUCUUUUGUGCCGCGUGCCGCCGGUCCCCGUAAAAGCCGUCAAAAUUCUCGAGGUGACGUCCGCUGCUGUCAAGUGUCAGAAGCGAAAACCAGAGUGCGAAAGCCCCUCGAUUUCGCAUCCGACGCCCGAGCUCGUGACAGCGACCGCCGCCAGCGCAGCCAAACGUAGCCGCAUAAUGUUGAUGCAAGUGGCACCGGACGCGGCCGACGCACUGGCCCUGGUUCCGUCGAACGGGGGCGGGGCCACCACCGGCGUCCAGCAAAAGGACACCACCUGGACGAAGCUGUUCGUCGGCGGGCUGCCCUACCACACCACGGACAAAAGUCUGCGCGAGCACUUUAGCGUGUACGGUGACAUCGAGGAGGCCGUGGUCAUCACGGACCGAACGACCAACAAGAGCCGAGGCUACGGAUUUGUCAUAAUGGGCGACCGGAUGAGCGCCGAGCGGGCGUGCAAGGAACCGAACCCGAUCAUCGACGGCCGGAAAGCGAACGUGAAUCUGGCGAUUCUGGGCGCGAAACCGCGAGGCAAUAUCACACCUGUGUCAAUGGAACUGUCAGGAUUCCCCUUCACGGCGGCAGGCCUCCGGACAGGAUAUCCUGUGCUACCGAGCCAGUUUGGAGUCCCCCAGUCGUACAUUUAUGGAACGCCCUACCUGGGAACGGCCGCCGGACAGAGCGGGGCCGCCGCCGCCGCAGCCUCCGGACUGAUGCCAAUUCCUGCCACCCAGCUGUCACAUGCCGCGGCGAUCGCGGCCGCCACCAGCCAGUUUUAUGAGUACCAGAAUGCCGUAGCGGCAGCCGCGGCCGCGCCCUACCCGGGCCAGUACAGCGGUUUUGAGGCGUACCCGUAUGCGACCGCAGGGGCCGGUGCUACAGGUGCCGCAGCAGCACAGUACAUGGCCGGCCCGUACACGUACGCAGCGCUACCACAGGCUGCGUCCGCGGCGACCGGAGGCUACCCCGGCCUGUCGCCAUACCAGAACGCGGCCAACGCCGCGGCGGCUUCCGCGCUGCAAGAGGCUCGGCUUCAAUAAUAUUUACCGAAAGCGUCCUCUACGUUGUCGCUUCUGACGCUGCUCGGGGGUGGUGGGCUCGAUAAGAUCUGAACUAGUACGCGCGACCCAAAAAAAGCAAACAGUACGCAACCAGUCCCAACCCCCUCCCUCUAGCGGACACUAGUGAUAACAGCAGAAUGAGGGAGCAAGCGGAAACGUCAAACCGCAAACAAUGACACAGCAAAACAGACAGAGAGCAGCAGCAGCUAGUUUAGCUAGGCAGUUCUUUUUUAUAUAGAUAUUAUCUAGUACUUAUGCAAAUAGUAGCUCCUAAGUAAUCAAUUAUUUACUUAUCGAAAGAUUAUUAUUAUUAAUAUUAUAAAUCAUAAAUUAACCUAUUUAUUAUAACUUAGUUUUACGUACGGUCAACACUUAUUAUUUACUAAGUAAUUAAAAACAAAGCUCAACACUAAGACAUAUGAAUCUUAACCUUAAAGCAAGCAAAAAAAAUCCCUUUAUUAUUAUCUUUACGAAACUUAGUUGUAAAUUAUUCUACUGAUAACAAAAAAAACACACGAACAUAAUGCAACUAUUAAUUGCAAUAUAAAAAAGUAAUAUUUUUAAACGUUUCCUUUUCUAACGUCAAACUUAUAUACAACAAGCAAUACAUUUCAUACAACAACAAAAAACUCACCCAAAUCGGAACCAAAAACCAAACAACUCCUAUCCCAAGCGGCACACUAACUUAAUCCUCCUAGAUCGAAACCGCCGACCUCCGGACGGGGAACAUCUCAACAAACACAUAUAUUUUAUCAAGAGAAAAAUAUACUGAAAGCAAAAAAAACUUCAUAUUAGAAAAAUUAUUUUAAUUUUAAUCUACAUGAAAAGAGGGGUUAAAAAACGACGCAGUUGGCUGAGAGAAACCGAUGGAAAACUUAUUAAUUUCAUUACCGAUUAACCGUUAGUGAUAUUUAUCAAUUAUAAAGUCUACUAUUAACAUAUUAAAAAUCACUAUUUAUACAUGAAAAAAUUAUGAAAACAAGCGGAACAUAUUCUGUUAAACUUUUUUCGAGAGCGACAACAUUUUCGGGACAACUUGAAGCUAUUCACGCAACAAAAAACUCUCCUCCAAAAUUUCACCAAAAUUAUGUCAUUUCCUAACCUAAAAAUUGAUUUCAAGCGCGUGCUCGCCCAACAAGCAAAGCAAGCCGUGCCGUUUAAAGUUAAGAUUUUUUUGUCAACCCAAACUGUCAUCAUCGGCAUGAUCUGACCACAUUUUUUUUCUUUUGUUGUUGAAUAAUUGCUAGCGAAGAGAUGAAGAUGAAACACAAAAUGGAUCGAAAUCUAGUCAAAUGUUUUGUGUGUGGAAUUAUUUAUUUUGUUAGUAGAUCGUAUUAAGUGCAAGUCAAGCCAGCAAAAGCAAAACAAAAACAUCACAAUUUCACUCAACCUUACUUUUCUUUUCAUUUGCUUAAGUUUCCCGCAAAAAUCAUGAUUUCUUUUAAUUUUCAACUUUCCAUUUGAGAUGAAGAGACUUUUUCAGCAACGGUACAGCAAACGCAAGUAGGCGGAGUCCUUCGCCCUCUAACCUCAACCGAUUUAGCUAAGAAACCCUAAUCAACACACACACACACAAACUCGAUCAGAGCAGGCGGCGAAACGGAGAAAGAAAGAGAAAAGAAGCGUAAAUCACACACUGAAAAGAAUUAAACAUUAAAAAUCUUAUCAAAAAUCGUGCCUUUUUGUGCUGAAUUAUGACAAGAGAAAGAGGAAUGACAAAACAACAAAUCACAAACACAAACACGCCGCUGUCAUAAACAAUGAGUAGAAACAUGGUUUUCCCCGGCUUUCCCCAAGUGGCUCACAAUCGCCCCGUCGUCGUCGUCGUAGCAUUUUAUGAAAAAGUAUAAAAAUUCAACAACAAAUAACGAAGCGCACCACCAAAUUUUGACAAUAUAGAGUUAAUCGAAACCUAAAAAAAAGAGGAAAGUAAAUAAAGCAAAACAAACGUAAAAAAGUAGAGUAUUCUCAACAUUUGAACAUGAAGAAAACCUUUUAAGAGAAAGACGUAUUUUAACAUAGAACCUUUUUAAAAAGAAAAAAACCGUAAACAAAACAUGAUUUUGGUUUCGACGCUAGAAACAUUAUAACUUGUACUGAAAAAGUUCUCUCUUUUUAAAAGUAGUUUCAAAAAAACAAACAAACACACACACAUAACCAACGGAAACUGUUAACAUCUUUCUAUAUGAUAGAGUGAAGAAACCCACACAAUCGCAAAUCCUUUGUGUUAGAGCGAAUGCAAACAAAAAUCGUACGAAAAUCAAUCUUUUAUCCGAGCAGCUAAUUUUGACUUUAUUUUUUCUUCAUUCACUCAAAAAAAACUGGCAACCACAGCAAUUUUGUAUGAACUUUUCUUUUUUUGAAAACUGUUCCCACAAACAAAACAAACAAAAGAAACCGCUGUAAAAUUAAAACGAUGAAUAGCAAUCCCCUUUCUAGUGGUUAAGUUUAAAAAAGGAAAAUACACACAAAAAGAUGAAAAAAAAACACUAUUACGCGAUGGAAUCUCAUUAAUGCAAUUUGACGACAAAAAGGAGAGUAAAAAAAGGGACGUGCCCGCAAUUUGUGCGGUGGCACUACUAUUUUAAAAAGAAACUACAAAAAAAAAAACAAUGUAAAAAGUUAUGUGCGACAAGCAGCAAGGAAACGAAUAUUUGUUUAAGAAUAAGUAUUUUAUACUUCAUGGAGAAAUAAAAAAAACAACCAACAUGUGAAAAUAACAAAAGAAGAACGUUACAAGCAAGGAGACAGUACGCAAGGAAUAAGCAUAUUAAAGAAAAGAUAACUCUUUACAAUGAAAAAGAAAAAAUAUCAAUUAUACUUUAAACAUUAAA